CAGACCGCGCCAAGGCGAAGCCCCGCCCCAGAAUCGAAUGUUGUGACUCUCCCCCGGAUUGAUACAUGUUAGCAGCGCGAGAUUUAAAGGGACCGCGACCCUCAGCUCUCAUUUCACAAAAAGUGGGCAUUAUGGCUACCUCGCCUUAUUUUACAUCAGGCGUACUGACUCGGAACAUGAGCAGACGGGUGUGCGUGGCCAGGGAGCGGGAUCAUCACCCCGGCUCCAACUUAGCAAAGAGCCGUGCCGCUGGCAGGCCGGCAGUGGGCCAGCCCGGCCUCCAAAUUCAAGCAGACCCGGUCGGAGCUGCCUCAGCGAUCCGGCCUGGCAGCUCUCCUAUACGCGGAAAUGCACGGAGACAGAAAAGGGAGUCCUUGCAGACUGCUGGCGGUUCGGGCCGAAAGCUGAGCCGGCCGCAGUCUGCUUCCCCAGAAAAGGACACAAACUCUAAAUGGGAGCCCAAGGACUGGAGGGAGCAGUUGGAUAACAUCAGGAAGAUGAGGAAGGGCAGGGAUGCGCCCGUGGAUCACAUGGGCGCUGAACAAUGCUUCGACAAAACUGCAGCCCCCGAGGUCAUGAGGUAUCAAGUGCUUUUGUCGCUCAUGCUGUCCAGCCAAACCAGGGAUCAGGUGACAUUUGCAGCAAUGAAGCAGCUAAGGGACCAUGGCUUGACUGUGGACAACAUCCUCAAGAUGGAUGAUAAGACACUGGGAGAACUUAUUUAUCCAGUUGGAUUCUGGAGGAAUAAAGUGAAAUACAUCAAGCAGACCACAGCAAUCUUGAAGGAGCAGUACAAUGGUGACAUUCCCAGCAGUGUCAGCGAGCUUCUGAAACUUCCAGGAGUGGGACCGAAGAUGGCUCAUCUCAUCAUGAAGCUAGCCUGGAAUAACGUGUCUGGCAUCAGUGUUGACACCCAUGUGCAUAGAAUCACAAAUCGACUGAAGUGGGUCAAAAAAGAAACCAAAACCCCAGAGGAAAGCAGACUGGCGCUGGAAGAAUGGAUGCCACGGGAGCUCUGGAGUGAGACCAAUUGGCUGCUGGUGGGCUUUGGUCAGCAGAUGUGCCUGCCAGUGAAUCCUCGCUGUACUGUAUGUCUCAACAGAGAUAUCUGUCCCACAGCCAAGAACAAUCUUCGGAAAACAAAUCCCAGGCUUCCUCCCAGCUCUCCGCUUCAGCCUUGCCAACAGCAACAAUAAUUAAAUCCUUGUGUUUAAAUGUUAGAUCGCGGUAUAAAUUAUUCAAAGGCUGGGGAGAUGUUUGUCCCAAAGUUAACUAAAACAGAACUGUUUGUGAUCUUGUCAGUGAAUUCCAGUUGCUAGUGGAGUAUUGAACUCAACUGAAUAAUGAUGUUCCCAGUGAGAACACUAUGUAGUUCGUAAAGAUGCAUCAGUAGCAGGACUGAGUAUUGCAGCCUGGUGGCAAGUGCCACAUACUGAGAAAGCCAGGCAAGUCUCCUGUACGAAUGUGCAGCUUUACAUGGUAUUCAGAUGCAUCACUAGUAAACAAAAUGGUUGAAAUUCCACUGAGCACUACAGCAGGGGGGGUGCUGUGGCUAGUACUGCUGCCUCACAGCGCCAGGAACCCAGGCUUGAGUCCACCCUUGGACGGCUGUUUGCGUGAGUUUCCUCCCACAGUCCAAAGAUGUGCAUGGACAGGUUGGUUUCCAUGGGAAAUGCAGGGUCUGAGUGGGGCGUUCUUAAUGGGGUUGGUGUGGACUCAAUAGACGAAAAGGCCUGCUUUCACACUGUAGGGAUUCUGUGAUUCUAGCCUGCUGGUUAAGGUACUUGUUUUAAAUUCUAAUAUCCUCCAUGCUUCAUUGGAUAAACAGCAUGAACCAGUGUGGGCAAUAAUUUUCCUUGAGCUUGCCAACCAAUGCUUUGAAAAUAGAACUUAAAUGAUUACUUAGCAUCCCUUAUUAACCUGUGGUUUGGAGUACAUUUUGUGCAAGUAAAUAAAAGCGUGGUAGUACUCUUGUUUGGCAUAUCUAUUUUUGGUGAAUGCUUUUUUUAAAACAAAGAAUUUUCGUUAUAUUGCCUCCUCCCUCCCCACCCCACCAAAUCCCCUAGACCAGGAAAAUAGGACAUUUAUUCUCUCAUCUGUCCUACUCUAAUCAGCCUGUUUAUGGGUUAAGAUUACUUUACAGUUUCAUUUCAUUGGAAGUUAGAAGCAUUUAUAUCUGAAAGUUGAUAGGACUGUUUUAUUUUGAAUGGCCUUAAUGCAAGUGGAUAAAUAUUUCAUACAACAGAUGCCAGAUACAAAUCUAAAUAAAAGCAGAACAGUCGUGGAAAUACUCAACUUUAAAUUAGCUAGCAACGGUUAAUAGAGAAACAGAACAGACAUCAAAGGGAGAGUGUUUCAUUAGUUUUAAAUGAAGGGCCAUCAGCCUGGGAUGUCAAUCCGGUGUUUUCUGCCUCCACAAAUGCUGCCUAAUCGACUGAGUAUUUCUGAUACAGGUGACAGAGAUGCUUCACUCUGCAUAAUAAUAACUUUGGGAUUUCAAUACUCUCUCACUGCACCCUUUUCCAUUUAGCACUAGCCAAGCCCUGCAAUUUUUUUACUUUCCUUUCAGCCCUGUGCUCUUACCAGUUACAACACUAAAGAAACAUCAAAGACUUGCUGUACUUGUCUGCUGUAAGGAACAAGACCAAUGGCCAGAAGUGAACUAGACACAGCAAGUUAUAAAAGGUUUGGAAGCCGCAAGGAAACAAAUCAAUUUAUAAUGCCAAAGGUUAUGACAAAGUAAUGGUUACACUGCCCAUCCUCUUAAUUCCUUUGGUUGUUAUUUCAACACACAAUAAUUAAUUUAUUCAUUUAAAUGUAAGACUGGAACAUCAGGGCAUCAUGGUGGCUCAGUGGUUAGCACUCAUGCUGCCUCAUAGCACGAGGGUCCUAGGUUCGAUUCCAGCUUCAGGCGACUGUGUGGCGCUUGCAUGUUCUCCCCGUGUCUGCGUUUCCUCCCACAGUUCAAAGAUGUGCAGGUUAGGUGAAUUGGUCAUGCUAAAUUGCCCAUAGUGUUGGGUGCAUUAGUCGGUGAGAAAUGGGUCUGGUUGGGUUACUCUUCAGAGGGUCAGUGUGGACUGGUUUGGCCAAAGGGCCUGUCUCAACACUGUAGGGAAUCGAAUCAAAUCUUAAACAUAUAAAAUGUGCUUUCACUAAUAUCACCAGCACAGAUGUCUAGGCCAUACUUUGAUAACUGGUUGAAUUGUGUAUAGUCUGGCACUAGUUAUGUUUAACCCAGUGCAGAUUUGUGAAAACCAACCUUAGUACCAUAGAAUUCAAACACAUCAACAUCAGAAAAUUCUAGUAUAACAGUGUAUGAGGUAGAUGCUGUGGAAAUUUUAGGGCAACUCAUUGUCAACUCUGUAUAAAUGUAAAAAAAAAAGUCUGUAAUUCUGAUUUUGUAUUUGUAGCAUAUUACCUUCUUUAUUUUGCAUCUUGUAUGAUCAGCAGCAGUAUGUACAGCCAGAGUGUAUUAUGGGUAUUGAGAGAAGUUGAAAUAACCAACUCGUCUCUCUUCAUGCAGUUUAACUGUCUCAUGGGCGAAUACAGAACCUCUUAUUUUACAGAUUUGAAGUAUUUGGGAAAACGGUUUUAAAUAUAUAGAAGUUAUCAGGAAAAACAAAAACAAUCUUAAGGGGUUAGAUGUGCACCCAAAUUGGAGUGUGGCUUAUGCGCCAAAACUUGCUGGGAUAUUUAAAACGGAAUAGGCAAGAUUAUUCAGCCUGUUGAACACAUGCCUUUCAAGGUAUGUUCAGGAAAAUAAACAGCAGAUGAUGCGAGGAAAGUACCGGCAAGCCCAAAUACUGAGAUAUGGGAUGUAUGCAGUUGGCAAUACUGUUCAAUAACUUAGCUCUUCCCCUGAGCUUUGGAUGCCAAGAGGGAAAGGUUUGUUACUAUGUUAUUUAAACUCAACUAGAACGUACAAUGUAAACACAAAUUCCACUAUUUGCAUGGAAAUAAAACUGUUGCAUACAAUGAG